AUGAUUGAACAUUUCAGAUUCUACAAUCAUCAACCAACUCUUCGCAGCCUGGAAAACAACACAUCACCCUCCACACUUCGACUUCCACAGGAUUCCGAUAAAUUAAGUGUUUUUUGUUUAAUAAAUUCUUUCAAAACAAGCUCUAUGAACUGCAAAAACAACAGACAAGCGCUAGCUAGCAGCGAGAACUGGCGAGGUCUCGCCAGAAAAAUGCGAGAAAUGGACGGCCGUCUGCCGGCUCGCGUGCUAGCUGGCGAGAUUUUCUCGCCGACGGCUGUCAGGACACUUUCUGAGUACAUUGUCUCUGAAUUUGAGAAAGGAUCACAUAUUUAA